AUGGUGGCCCAAGUCUUAGGACCGGCCUUUAUUUAUCUUGCAACUAAUCUGGUCAGUGUCACAGCAAAUGCUCUUCAGAUAAAUCACACUGGUGAGGUGGUUUAUAAUGACACCAACGUGUUUGGAGUGGUGGACCAUCUGGUCCUCCUGGAAUGCGGGCCAAGGUUACCUGACAUCUACAUCUGGAGCUUCACCAAGCCCGGCACAGACAGUAUCAAAGCCGUGGUGUAUGACCUGGGGAAAGGGCCCAGGAUCCAGCAGCUGGCCGAGACGAUUGGACCUCUGACAGUCAUCUCAGACCGAGCGGCACUGAGCUUCGACAGACUUCCUCUGGCUGCUCAUGGCCUGUUCACCUGCCAGGCCUUCUUCGACAAUAAAGAUGGAGUCUUGGCCUUCUAUUACUACGUGCACCUUUUUGUCCAAGUCCCCGUCAGUAAGCCAUACCUCCUCAUAAAAGAUGAGUACCCUGUAGAAGGCUCAGACAUGUGGAUCCAGUGCAAAGUGGAAAAUGGGUCAGAGCCGAUCCAGUACACGUGGCAACGUGAAGCCCCCAGUGGAAACGUCACAACUUUCUCAAAGGGCAACAGCAGCAUUGUCACCAUAACUGGCAUCAACCGAAACCACACGGGCUGGUACCGCUGUGUGGCAAGUAACGCUGUCAACAACGAGAGCUCUGAGAGCUUGCUGUUGAACGUCACAUAUGGUCCAGAUGUUCCUCAGAUAAACGUGACUCCAUACACAAUAACAGAGCUCGGGUUCUCAACUCUGGAGACAGAAAACGUUACUUUGUCAUGUGAUGCUCGGUCCAAUCCAGCCAGUCGGUAUGUCUGGUUCUGCAACAACUCCCAGAUCCACAGCGGGCCGCAGUUCACCGUCAAAAAGAUCCUCCGCAACCAGACUGGAGACUACACCUGCUUGACACGAAACCCUUACCUGAACACGAACUCCAGCAGAACCAUCCGUCUGACGGUCUACUACCCCCCCGAUGGUUCCCCCUCCUGCUCUGUGGAGGCGGCUCUGAACUACACCGCUCACAGACUGCUCUGCUCAUGGCCCGGUGGGUUACCCUCCCCGUCCCUCCAAUGGACCAGAGACCAAGCAGGACAACAAACAAAUCUACAAACUGGUUCUGACCUCCUGCUGCCCCCUGGGAGCCUGAGUCCUAACAGCAGCUUGUUCACAUGUGUGGGCUCCCAUCCUGCUCUGAAACAACGGGCACAGUGCAGCACACGCACAUAUCUUCCUCCUGCAGAGCCGGUGUGUUUCGCCUACGUGACCAUCACUCGACAGUAUCUGAUGCUGUCCUGCUCCUGGGACGGAGGGGCCCCCAAAGCCUUGGUGUGGUGGGAGGGACCAGCGGGCCAGAGGCAAGCAGGACAGGAGAACUCCAACAUCCUGGUCCUCCGCUACGGCACCGCCCGCAGUGGGAAUCCCUACACCUGCUACGCCAAACACCCACUUCAGGUCCAAGCAAAGACCUGCAGCCUGACUCUGGAGGCCCCCGUGUUGCUGACGCAGCGCCGCGUCGUGUCUGUGUACGAGGGCAGCGAUGUGCAGCUCACCUGCAGUCUGAGGUCCAACUACCUUCCUGCCACUGAAAUCUCCUGGUUCAACAAUCAGGGCGUGGAUGUCCGAGACACCUCCAAGUACCUGCUGCUGCGAACGUCUGCGUGGGCCAACCUGACGGUGAAGGACACAGAUGAGACGCAGGACAGCGGCGAGUACAGGUGCUCCACCUCCAACGCAGUGGGAGGAGCUGAGAUCAACAUCACUUUGGAGGUCAAGAAACACCUCAUGCCCCCCAACGUGAGCCUGGUCAGAGCGGCGUACAGCAGCCGACAGCGCAACGAGGUGCAGCUGGAGUGGCAGGUCCAAUCUGAUGCAGAUGGAGGUUGGACGGGGUUCUUCCUGGAACACCAGUGGGUGUCAGAACGACCAAAAAGUAAAGGAAGCAGCAAUGGUUCCCUGGUUCGGAAGGAGGAAAGGGCUGUUUCCCAGGAUUGGUACCGUGACAUCGUCGAAGAUGCAGGAGUCCGGAGCUACACAGUGCGAGGACUGACUCCAACCGUGACCUACCAGUUCCGCAUCAUCCCCGUCAACUACAGAACCAUCGGACAUCCUUCUGCAGCAAAGACUCCAGCGGAGCCACGCUACAACAUGUACCCCGCUGUGAUCGGAGCAGCCAUAGGUGGGAUGCUGUUUGCAGCUCUUCUCACGGUGCUGCUGCUCAUCUUCAUCAUCCGCAACCGCCACAACCAUCCUCGACUGCACAGCAUGCUGUUUGGACUGCAGCACAGCCAGUCCAGGGAGAACAUCAACUUUCCAGAGGAUGAAAUGGUCAGAGGCUUAGAAGGAGGGAUAGAGGAUAUUGGUGGAUUAUCCAGCGCAGGUCCAACCAUUUCUAUUCCUCGGGCCUCCUCACCCCUGAGUGCCACUCCCACCCCCAGCCCCACUCCUAGCCAAGCACCUCCCCCCGGCGAUGACGAGCCCGUCAGCGUCACCAUCACGGUCAAAUCUACAGGCUGA